AAGAAUUACUGUCCAUAUUGUUGAGUAAAGCUUGUUAUGGUAUUUCUAAACAUACCACUGCUGGUUCGCGCUCGCGGUCCAGAUGAAUUCUGGCGCAAGCGACGCAUUUUCAAGCUCGCUGCGCAUUAUCGCAGUCGCACCCGCAAUGUUUACUCUUUUGCCAUACGCAGCGUGCAUCGUGCGCUCGCAUAUGCCACCACGGGUCGCAAGCUCAAGAAACUGGACAUGGCCCAGCUGUGGACGACACGUGUCGAAGCCGGUUGCCAGCAAUAUGGAGUCGCCCUAGACACAUUCAAGGAGGGUCUCGCCCGCUCCGAUAUCCAGCUGAACAAGAAAAUGCUCUCGGAUUUAGCAAUUUGGGAGCCACGCUCAUUUGAGGCCUUGGUGAAUAUUUCCCGGGAACGUGCUGCAGUCGAGGGCUUGCCGGACAUCAAACGAAGAUCGGCCUUUAAUCAGGUGUACGGACUGAGUAAUCUAAAGCUGGAUUAGUUUAAGUGUUGUUUAUUCAAUUUACAUUCAUAUAUAUGUAUAUAUAGUUUUAUAUAUUAA